UUCUGCAAGCACACACGAUCCCGACCUAGUUACAGGAGCCUGCUCUCACAUGCCCUCUCGCUUGGAUAGCACUCAGUCUCUCAAACACCAAACUCUCACUUCAUGCUGCUGCCUUUAUAUCGUUUCUGAUAUAACACACAGCUCUGGCACUGAUUGAAGAUCAUUUGUAAAAAGAAGAUCGUCCAGGUGACCCAACUUCAGAAGGUCCCUUGGCGGGUAGGAAGGCACCACACUGACCCGCCAUGUUUCUGGUUCUGGUGAUUACAGAGGAGCUGAGGGAGUUUCUGGCCCGGGCACGGAGUGGAACUGGCCGCCUCAUCCAGGUGUUGAUCAGAGACGAGCAGCUGGUGCUGGGGGCAUACAGAGAGCCACGUCAGAGCUGGGACAAAGACUAUGACCACUUCCUGCUCCCCCUGCUGGACCCUCACGAGCCCUGUUACAUUCUAUACCGGUUGGACACCAAGAACGCUCAAGGCUAUGAGUGGCUCUUCAUAUCCUGGUCACCUGACCAGUCUCCUGGUUCUUUGGACUUUGAGCAACCUCCAAGCAACCAAUCAGAACACACUAGCAACUUCAUCUGUCCGGCAAAAGAUGCUGUACGCUGCCACUCGUGCCACAGUUAAGAAAGAGUUUGGUGGUGGACACGUCAAAGAUGAAAUGUUCGGCACAGCUGAGGUACUAGCUGAAGAUUAUUUUAUGGAGGACGUUUGUCUUCAGGGUUACCUGCGACAUGUGACUUCACGUUCUGCACCAGCACCCCUGACAGCAGCUGAACAAGAGCUACAGCGAAUCAAAAUCACAGAGGGCAGAGUUAAACAGGUGACAACUGAGAUCAGUGUGGACCCCAAGCAUCAGACGCUACAGGGUCUUGCCUUCCCGUUACAGGCCGAGGCUAAACGUGCUCUACAGCAGCUCGCAGAGAGACGCAUCAACUACAUUCAACUAAAGCUAGAUACAGAGAAGGAAACAAUUGAACUCGUGCACACCAGCCCAACAGAAAUCCGUGAUCUACCCUGUCGGAUCCCCCUUGAUACACCCAGAUACCACUUCUUCCUCUACAAACAUUCACAUGAAGGAGACUACCUCGAGUCUGUGGUGUUCAUAUACUCCAUGCCAGGAUACAGCUGCAGCAUCAAGGAAAGGAUGCUGUAUUCCAGCUGUAAGAGUCGACUUUUGGAAGAUGUAGAGAGGGACUUCCACCUAGAAGUGGCUAAAAAGUUGGAGAUAGAUAGUGGAGAGGAGCUGACAGAGGAGUAUCUGUAUGAUGAGGUCCAUCCUAAGCAGCAUGCCCACAAGCAAGCAUUCGCUAAACCUCGUGGCCCUGCUGGGAAGAGAGGAAACAAACGUCUAAUCAAAGGAGGUGGAGAGAACGGAGGCAACAGCUAGGAAGGACAGAAAGCAAGAAGAAGAGAGAAAUGAACUUCACUUGUACCCUAAAUGUUCUACAGUUCCCUUUUUAUGCCUGUUUGCAGGGUAAAUUGUUCAUCCUGCAGAAAGUGUGAAGGAAAAAUCAGAAUACCGUGCUCAGUUGUUGUUAAUUCAAAUUUUGUUUUUACUUGCUUUGGCUUGUAUUUCUUUUUACUUAAUGUUAUUAGGUGUUUUUUUUUUUUUUCAUUUGGUGUGUUAAUGUGCACAUAUUUAAGAGAAAAACUCAGGAAUUAAUUUUAUCUGUACAUUUUCUGAGCAUAUUUUUGUUACACCAUCUCAUAAAUACAUACGCACUCAAAACUCAAUAUCAUUUUAAGCAUGAUUGUAAAAGAUGAUAGAUUGCUCAUAUUUUAAAUGUGUUUUUUAAAAACAGAAAAUAAGUUUUAUCCAAGAAGCUUUUUUUAAAAACUGAAGCAGUCACAAGUCCUACAGAGCCUACAGAGAUACACUCAUACAUAUACAUUCACACCGGAGCCAAAUGUGACACGCAGGCAGAAUGUUAUACUUGGCUAUGUGAGAGCUAGUCAGUUGGUUAAGUAACAGGUAUGUAGCAAGAAUCGGAUAUGUUAAAAGGUUCAGAUUUAGACGUGUGAUUCAGAUUCAUUUCAGGAUUCAUAUUUUUAAAAAUAUAAUAUGAUCAUUUUUAUGUUUUAUAGUAACACUUGGGUUUCUCAAUUUUUUCUCUCAUAUCUUCAGUCAUUUACUUACAUACAUCAUGGUCCACAGUAUUCACUGUCAAACACAGUUUUGUGUACAAGCUUCUGUUAUUAAUCAGAGCAAUUCCAAAUAAAACAGUUUUGUAUGUCAAAUAUAUCAACAUUUUUCCAGCACUGAGAAUAUGAGUGUCCAAUUGAGUGAGUAAUUCAGCAACUAACAAGUGAAGUAUUUGAAAUAAUUAAUUGUCAGCAGAAAUAAUGCAAAGUUGUAUCAAAACAAAAUCAUAUUUUACUUGGUUUCACGUAUUUCAUUUAUGGGUAUUAUGUUCCAACUGACUACAUUGACAUGGGUCUUUCUUUUUGUUUUUGUGUUUGUUGGUUGGUCAGUGACUAGAUUGAAAGGUCAUUCACAGGAUGAUCUUAAUUCAUCAAAAAUAAACUGUAAUUAUUAGUACAUUAAAAUCAACAGCCCUCUCUUGUAUUGUUUAUGAACAUACUGUUGCAUAAAUAAAACAACAUUCACUGA